UAGACUUAUUUUCUUGUCUUUACUACUUUCUUGUUUUCCUCUUUCUCACAAAAUAAAUGUGUAAAUGGCGGAAGCAAUCAUAUUACCGAUUGCUAAAUCUAUACUUGGCAAGAUCGCUUCCUUUACUGGCGAUCUUGCCAUGUCCUCUAUUUCUGAAGAAAUAAAAGCAGCCAAGUCUGCUAAAAAAGACAUCAAUAAGAUAGCCGAUAAGCUCACUGCUAUUUGUGCUGUCCUCGAAGAUGCCGAGGAGAAGCAGUUCACCAAUAAGGCCAUGAAACUAUGGCUGAGAGAACUCAAGAGUGUUGUUUAUGAUAUUGACGAUCUCUUGGAUGAAGUGGCCUUUGAUGCUCUGCUACGCAAGGCUAAUGAAGGUCAUUUCCGCCGUCAACUCAGGUACUAUCUUUCCUCUUCCAAUCCCAUCAUUUCCCGCUUCAAUUUGAGUCACAAAGUAAAAGAUCUUCGUGAAACACUAGAAAGCGUAGUAAAUAAGAAAAAUGAAUUUGGUUUGACUGAGCGUCCAGUUGAAUUCUCAAGGGAUAGUAUUAGGGAUCCCUUUGAUGGAUGUGCCCAUGUGUGUGAAUCAGAUGUUAUGGGAAGAGAAAUGGAUAAGCAGGAUAUUAUAAGAAUAUUGAUAGAUGUGACCGAUGUUAGUGAGCUCACAGUGCUUCCUAUAGUAGGAAUGGGUGGCAUCGGAAAAACUACAUUAGCUAAGUUGGUGUAUCAUGAUGUCCACCACUUUGAUCUUAAGCUAUGGGUAUGUGUUUCGGACAAGUUUCACAUACCAAAGAUCAUGGAGGACAUUCUGAAAAGCGGGGCAGUCGGGAGUGGUGACAAUACAUCCAAUCAACAAUUGGAUGAUCUAUUAAUACAAAAGCUCCAUGUUUUGCUUGGUGGGAAGAAGUACUUGCUUGUGUUGGAUGAUGUCUGGGUUGAGGAUAUUGCAAUGUGGAUACGGCUAAAGAACGUGUUGGCCGUUGGGAAUCCAGGGAGCGUUCUUUUGAUCACCACAAGAAACUCCAAGGUUGCUUCCAUCACCCAGACAUGUGAAUCAUAUGACUUGGACAGUCUUCCGAUGGAUGUCUGUUGGUCCAUUUUCAAGCAGUUAGCAUUUAAGGAUGGCGAAGAAGACAUAUAUCCGAACCUUCAUGAGAUUGGUUGGUCUAUCAAUAAGAAAUGCCGGGGCAUCCCGCUUGUUGUAAAAAGUUUGGGGAGUUUGCUAAGAAAUGAGAGAAAUGAGCAAGAAUGGAGACGAGUUGAUAGUAUGUAUAGUUUUUCCGAGCUAGAACAGCAAUAUGAUAAAGUCUUGCAGCUUUUAAAGUUAAGUUAUGUUAAACUUCCGUCCCACUUAAAACCAUGUUUUGCUCAUGCUUCAUUAUUUCUUAAGGAUUCAAUUCUUCAUUCGAAUGUUGUACCAUAUAUUUGGAGCGCAAUUGGUUUAUUGCCUCUAGAUAAUAAGUACAAAGGUAUUGAGGACUAUGGAUACUCUUACUUCAUGGAAUUGGCAUCAAAGUCUCUUUUUGAAGAACCGAGUUUGUGUAUUGAUGGAAUUUAUUGCCAAAGUAAAAUACAUAAUCUUUUGCAUGAUUUGGCCGUAUACAUUAUGGAGGAUGAAUUGGCUGUUGUAACUUUGGAUAAGGUGACAGAUGUAAGCUUUGCUAGGCAUAUUGUUUGGGGAUACAAUAGUUCAGAUUUAAGAGAUAAAGAAUUUCCUAUGAAGCUUCUCAAUGCAAAGAAAGCCCGAACAUUUCGAUUUGUUUAUGAAAUGAAACAACAUGUGAGUAUGUCCUUUCUUGAAGGAAUUAUAUCUAAUUUCAGCUGCUUACGCAUCUUGGAGUUUGGGAGUCUUUGGUUUGAAGAGUUGCCAGAGUCAAUUGGAAACUUGAAGCAUUUGAGAUAUCUUGAUUUGUCUUAUAACCCCUUCAUCAAAUCACUACCAAGUAGAAUAUGUGAUUUAUUAAAUCUAGAAACACUUCGUAUUCAUAGAUGUGAGCAAUUAAAAAAGCUACCAAGGAAUAUGCAUCGAUUGCAGAACCUAAAGAAUUUUCAGGUUACAACAUGCCAAGUGAGCUUAGUUGAGAUCAAUGAAUUGAGCUCACUACAACACUUGUUCUUUGAUUCAUGUAAAAGACUGAAAUCAUUUUGGGACAACGAUAAUACUGGUCACCUAACUUCCCUCCGAAGAUUAUACAUUGAAAACUGUCCAAAAUUGACAAGCCUUCCAAAUAGUAUGAAGUAUCUUGUUGGCCUCCAAAUACUAUUUCUACAUUGUUGUGAAGGGUUAGAUUUGAACCAUCAGAGAGAGGCCUUUGAAGGUCUUCAAAGCCUCCGACUAUUAUACAUCAACAAUGUUAAAAUGACGAGUCUCCCAAGUGGUAUACAAUCGGCUGCAACUUCUCUUCAAUAUCUCAUUAUUGUAGAAUGUGGAAGUUUGAUGGAGCUUCCAGAUUGCUUUCAUGGUUUUACCUCUCUCCGAGAAGUUUCAAUAGGAGAUUGUCCUAAUAUGUGGAGUUUGCCCCACUCAUUUCGCCACCUUACUUCACUACAAAAGCUCUACAUCGUUGGUUGUCCAAGCCUAUCAGAAAGAUGUGCUGUGCCAGACGGUGAAGACUACUCUCUCAUAUCACAUUGUGCCAAUUUCGAGCUUGAUGGUGUUACUUUUACUCCAAGUCAUAGUCGUUGAAAAAAGGUUGUGGUUUCUAAGCCCACUAUUUGUGUAUUUUGUUUCUUCAGAUUAUUGGAGUAUCAUUUUUAGUUUUUUAUAUGACAUGAUAUAAUCAUAAUUCAUAAGCUGCCAUUGUUAUUA